UGUUAUAUAAUGUUGUAGAUAUACGGAUGGAAACCGGAGUUCUUUAACGAUACGAAAUCAUUGCCAAGCAAUAUGCCGGCCCAGCUGAAGGAAUAUAUUAACGAAGUGAAGGAUCCUCGCGAGUUGGAAACGAUUUGGGUGUCCUGCGAGGGCGAGAAUCCCGCGGACCAAGAAAAUAUAGGACCCAUCAAGUACAUCCCGCGGAGAGGUUUCCCCGGAUAUUUUUAUCCCUAUGAAAAUUCCGAGGGUUACCUCAGCCCGCUAGUGGCCAUUCACUUCGUCCGACCACGAACUGGAAUUUUAAUAAACGUGGAGUGUAAGGCGUGGGCGAGGAACAUAAAACACAAUCGCAACGAUAAACUGGGUGUCGUCCAUUUCGAGCUGAUGAUAGAUUAACGUCGUUUUGUAUACUUUGCUUAGGAGGCGGGGAGGGUCUCUCCCUUAUUAGCUUACGUGAACGCCAUGCGAAUCUCACGUUUUCUGACGAAGCUGCUUUUAAAAUAGCCGUCAGAAACCGACGACCGCUGCCAAAGUGUGCAUGAAACUUUUUCACGUACAAACUAAAGGUUUUCCAUGUUCAUAUCAUCGAAAACCCGACACACUUUUAUGUGCACCGAAGGAAGCUGUAAUACAUUUAGUAAUCCCAUUUUUUUUUAUAUUAGAUCGAACGCGUAUUAUAGUUACGAAAAAAUCAUAAUUCUCUGUUGCGUGGAAAAAUUGAAUAAACGUAUUGCAGUCUUUCCUCGAUGCCACCGUACAGAAUGUAAUACACAAUUCUCGCGUUACGUUCUUUUACGACUAAUAAUUGGCCACGGAUUUGAUGAAUAACCGUGAUAUUAUAUUUUUAAAAUUGUCAAUUCCAAAUUGAUACUUUCUAAAUACAGGAAUUUUUAAUCGAAUCUCGCGAAACGAUCUAUUAAGUCUAAUGUUUAAGAAACGAUUACCGAUUAGUCAGUGUUUCAAUUAAAUAUACCUUGCGAAAUUGAUAUCUGUUAAUUGUUCAGAUUUCCAGUUACCAUUCGAGGUCUCUUCUGUCACGAAAAUUAUUUUUUAGACCGCCCUUUUAUCUUCUAUCAUUUCUUCGAACCAUAUCCUAUCUUUAAUAUUCUUUCACGAGACAGCGUUUCCACCUUGUUCAUAUUUGACAGUUUCUGAACCUCGUUUCUUUUGUAUUUUUAAAUGGGCCUUGAUCGGUCGAUCUGUUUAGCCUGCAUUUUAAUAUUUAUUGGGAAUAGAUCUCUUAAAUAAAGCGACGAAGAUAAGACGUAUGUAGUAUCAUACAUGCCUUAUGUGUGUACAUAUAUAUUUCGCUUCUAAAAGUACAUGUAUGUAAAACGUAUCGUAUGUGUAUACAUAUAUUUUUAUAGAUAAGAUUCUCUCUUUAAUUAAUCUAUAAAUUCAUAUUAUUCUACGACAUUGUCCGAAGAACAAAACAUUUUAUUUUUAUAGUAUCGAUGUAUACGAGGGCAUAACUGAAUAAUCGAGUUUCAGUUGCAUCCGUUCUUUAAUUUGCUACAUUUACCCUUUAACACGAGACAAUCAAUUAUUAAUUGCUGUACACGUUCCAACUGUCAAUAUUAUAAUAAUAAAAAUAUUAAUUUUGCAAA